AUGGACGGCAAAGGGAGCUCUUUACCUUCGAUGCCCGAGCUGGCCGAGCCCGUCAGCGUCAAGCAGCCACCCGAGCCCCGGGGCGACCCGUCCCUGCUCAUGGACCGGGCCGCUGCCCAGCUUGCCGCCACCUUGCAGGACGGCGUGCUGCAGACCAUGUCGGGCCACCGGAGGCUCGAGGACCUCACGUCACUGGUGCUCAAUGGCGAGCGGGACGCCUGCGCCCCCGAACCGCCAGUCGUCCAGGGCGCCGAAGCCCCCGCCUCCGACGGCGCCCGCCGGCCUGAACUAAAAGCCAGCGUGCCCCGCCCCCUCUUCGAGUCGCGUCCUGCCGUGGCGGAAGGGGCGGCAUCGGCGCCCGAGGGACUGCGGGAAGUGAAGAAGCGGCGGGGUAGGCCUCCCAAACAUCAACCCAAUCUCGGUUCCUCCGCCUCACGUGAAGAUGCUCUCGGCAGCCCCGAAUCUGUUCUUCUGGAGGCGGCAGAUGAGUCGCAACAAGCCGUGGUCCGCAGAGAACUUCCACAGCAUCAGAAGCACCUGAUUGUCCAGAGAUAUCUGUCAGGAGAAGGCUACAAAAGAAUUUCCAAGGCGCUAAAUAUCCCUUGGAACACGGUCAAGGGCGUCAUUACCAAGUGGAGGAAAUACGGCACCACCGCCACUUUGCCCAGAACCGGACGUCCCCCCAAAAUUGAUGACGGGACCGGAAGAAGACAUGUGACGACCUCGACCGAGCUUCUGGAACUUUUGCCGAAAGUGGUUUCCGAGCCGACGGUCGACGCGCCGCUUUCGCCAAGCAGUUUCUCUGUCGGAGAUGUGGUCUGGACCAAGGUUUCGGGGUACCCUUGGUGGCCCUGCAUCGUCACCACCGACCCUGAACUCCACCUCCACGUCAAACCCAAUGCUAAAAGCAGAUCGGGCCUCCUUUACCACGUCCAGUACUUUGGAGACGCUCCUGAGAGGGGCUACAUUUUUGAGAAGAACAUGGUGUCCUUUUCCCGGGAGAGCCAGUACCAGGAGCUCAGUCUGCACAAAAAGCAGCCGGCUUCACGCGUUCUCCACAAAAAGACCCUUCAAACCGUGCCCCGUAAAUUACGGCCCCAGUGGAAGAUGGGUGUGAUCCAGGCCACGGAGGCGCUGGCCAUGUCGCCCGACGAGCGCUUGGCCAACUUCACCUUUGCGUACGACUGCGACGGGCCCCGCCUCAACCCCUGCAUCCUGGACAAACUGAAGCCAGAGCCUGGCACGGAAGCGGAGGCCCGGCUGCUGAUUGGAGCGGCCAAACGCCUCGACGGGGACCGUCUGAAGAAGAGGGAGAAGAAAAACGCCAAUGCUCUACCACAGGAUUCCCUCUGCGUGGAAGUGACGGUACCUCUAAAGAAGCGAACACUCAAAGCCCCCGGUUCCUCCCUAAAGACAGACGGGCGGAGAAAAACAUUGACGGGUUCAACCAAGAAAACCACAUCGGGAGAUGCAGCAGCUUCAGAUGAGCGAGAAGCAGCGGAACCGAAACGCAAAAGGAAGCGGAAGCGGGAUGGAGAAAACUUCCAGGAGCCCUUCAACGCUAAAAAGAGGCGCUCGUCCCUUUGUCAUGAACCUUACGUUUCCGGUAGUGAAGGAUGUCCAGCUUCUCCUAGCGACAGCCUGGACGAGAUGAAGAAGGGCGAACGCAAGAAAGAAUUUGUCUGUCAGGUGUGCGAGCAGUCCGGUGAAGACCUGGUUCCCUGCGAAGGUCAGUGUUGCGGAAUGUUCCACCUCCUUUGUCUAGGAGAGAGCUUCCGGCCCGGCGACAAGCUACAGUGCCGCUCGUGCAGCACUGGGCUUCGCUCCUGUUUCGCCUGCAAGCGGUUGGAUGGCGAGCUGCGACGCUGCUACGUGGCCCACUGCGGGAAGUUCUACCAUGAGGCGUGCGCCCGCCUCAGCCCACUCACAGUCUUUGACAACAAGGGUUUCCGUUGCCCGCUGCACGCCUGCCUCAGCUGCCAUUAUGGCUGCCGCACCCAGCACAGGUCCACCAAAGGCCGCCUGAUGCGAUGCCUGCGAUGCCCCGUGGCCUACCACGUAGGCGACCAAUGCGUUGCGGCGGGCAGCCAGAUCGUCACCGGCACGGCCAUCGUCUGCACCAACCACUUCAGCGCAAAGAAAGGAUAUAGCCACCACAGUCACGUCAACGUCAGCUGGUGCUUCGUCUGCUCCAAAGGAGGUCAGCUGCUGUGUUGCGAGUCUUGCCCGGCCGCCUUCCACCCGGACUGCCUCAACAUGGCCAUGCCCGACGGCAGCUGGUUCUGCAACGACUGCCGUGCCGGCAAGAAGCCCAAAUACAGAGACAUCAUCUGGGUCAAACUAGGAACGUACCGAUGGUGGCCCGCGGAGAUCCAGCACCCAAGCAAAAUCCCCACCAACAUCCAGCACCUUCGUCACGAGAUCGGAGAGUUCCCAGUCUUCUUCUUCGGCUCCAAGGACUACUUCUGGACCCACCAGGGCCGCGUCUUCCCUUACGUGGAGGGUGACCGGGGUAGCAAGUACCAACGGACCGGAAUCGGGAAGGUCUUCAAGACUGCUCUUCUUGAGGCCGAAGCUCGUUUCAAGGAGGUGAAGAUGAAGCGGGAGGCCAAGGAAGCACAGGAGAAAAACCGGAAACCGCCCCCGUACAAGUUCAUCAAGGUGAACAAACCGGUGGGCAAGGUGCAGGUGUAUGCCGCCGACGUGUCGGAGAUCCCAAAGUGCAACUGCAAGCCGUCAGUGGAGCGCCCUUGUGGCUUCGAGUCGGAGUGCCUGAACCGCAUGCUUCAGUACGAGUGCCACCCGGAGGUGUGUCCCAGUGGCGAGCGCUGCUGCAACCGGGACUUUAGCGAGCGCCGCUACCCGGACACCCAGAUUAUCAAGACCCCCGGCAAGGGCUGGGGACUCGUCGCGCUGCGAGACAUCAAAAAGGGAGAGUUCGUCAACGAGUACGUUGGCGAGCUGAUCGACGAGGACGAAUGCCGGGCCAGGAUCAAGCACGCUCACGAGAACAACAUCACAGACUUCUACAUGCUCACCAUCGACAAGGACCGAAUCAUCGACGCUGGUCCAAAGGGGAACUUCUCCCGCUUCAUGAACCACAGCUGUCAACCCAACUGCGAGACGCAGAAGUGGACCGUCAACGGGGACACGCGCGUCGGACUAUUUGCCGUCUGCGACAUCCCAUCAGGUACGGAGCUGACUUUCAACUACAACUUGGAUUGUUUGGGCAACGAGAAGACUGUGUGCCGCUGUGGCGCCCCCAACUGCAGCGGCUUCCUGGGAGAUCGCCCCAAGAACGCCAACGGUCAGGCGGCCAAGCGGCCCAAGCGCAAGUACAGGAAGCGGCGGACGGAAGGGAAGAAGUCAGACGACGAGUGUUUCCGCUGUGGCGAUGGUGGGCAGCUGGUCAUCUGCGGAAAGAAGACGUGCACCAAAGCCUUCCACCUCUCCUGCCUCAACCUCACUAAGAGGCCCUUUGGUCGCUGGGACUGCCCGUGGCACCACUGCGACGUCUGCGGCAAGAACUCUGAGGCCUUCUGCCAACUCUGCCCAAACUCCUUCUGCAAGGCCCACCGGGAGGGGGCGCUGCGGGCCUGCCCACCCGACGGCCAGCUGCGCUGCCUGGAGCACGACGCCGAGGACGUCCCAGCCCGACCCCGCCAGCUCAAAAACGCUGGCAGGCCGUCCUAA